ACUGCAGAAACAACGAUGUGGGGAAAAAUAUUCCAGAUUGUUUUGUGAGCAAAAUGGCUUAUAAUGUGGACAGAAUAAGAAAAACCAUUUCAGUGAAUAUUUCAGAUGUCCAAAACAUAGACUGUUAUGUCCGUUUAUGUCAUCAAAGAUUUGUAUGUGAAGAUGUGGGGCCUGUCACUUUGAUUCAGGGAAAGGAUUUGAUGAAAUCUGUUUCUUUGCAAUACACUCAGCUGCUGCCUUGUCUAUGUAUUGAGGUGUGGCCAGCGAUUUUAGAUGCACGAAGAAUGCAGUUGUGUCCAUUCAAGAAUGGCAAGUGA